AUGGACGAGCAGGCGGGUCCCGGCGUCUUUUUCGGCAACAACCACCCGGGCGCCGGCGGUGCCAAGGGGCUCGGGCCUCUGGCAGAGGCUGCCGCGGCCGGCGACGGGGCGGCUGCGGCGGGGGCGGCUCGAGCCCAGUACAGCCUCCCGGGGAUCCUGCACUUCCUGCAGCACGAGUGGGCCCGCUUCGAGGUGGAGAGAGCCCAGUGGGAGGUGGAGCGGGCGGAGCUGCAGGCCCAGAUUGCCUUUCUUCAGGGAGAAAGGAAAGGCCAAGAAAAUUUGAAAAAGGAUCUUGUGAGGAGGAUCAAAAUGCUGGAGUAUGCACUGAAACAGGAAAGAGCCAAAUACCACAAGUUGAAAUAUGGGACAGAAUUGAAUCAGGGAGAUAUGAAGCCACCAAGCUAUGAUUCUGAUGAAGGUAAUGAAACAGAGGUGCAACCACAACAAAACAGCCAGUUAAUGUGGAAACAAGGUCGGCAACUACUCAGACAGUAUCUACAGGAAGUGGGCUACACAGAUACUAUUCUAGAUGUGAAAUCUAAACGAGUGCGAGCUUUGUUGGGCUUUUCAAGUGAUGUCACUGACAGGGAAGAUGACAAAAAUCAGGAUUCAGUUAUAAAUGGUACAGAGGCUGAAGUUAAAGAGACAGCGAUGAUUGGAAAAUCCGAAUUAACGGAUUCUGCCUCUGUACUGGAUAAUUUCAAAUUCCUUGAAAAUGCAGCUGCAGAUUUCAGUGAUGAAGAUGAAGAUGAUGACAUGGAUGGAAGAGAGAAAAGUAUCAUUGAUACUUCGACGAUUGUUAGGAAAAAAACAUUGCCUGAUAGCAGUGAAGACCGAGAUACAAAAGAAGCUCUAAAGGAGUUUGAUUUCUUGGUUGCAUCAGAAGAAGGAGACAAUGAAUCAAGAAGCACAGGUGAUGGAACAGACUGGGAAAAGGAAGACCAGUGUCUAAUGCCUGAAGCUUGGAAUGUGGACCAGGGAGUAAUUACCAAACUCAAGGAACAAUACAAAAAGGAGAGAAAGGGGAAGAAAGGGGUGAAGAGGCCCAAUAGGUCAAAACUACAAGAUAUGCUUGCUAAUUUGAGAGAUGUUGAUGAACUUCCUUCAUUGCAGCCAUCUGUCGGUUCACCUUCCAGACCCAGUAGUUCCAGACUUCCUGAACAUGAAAUUAAUAGGGCAGAUGAAGUGGAAGCAUUAACAUUUCCUCCUUCUUCUGGGAAGUCAUUCAUCAUGGGAGCUGAUGAAGCCCUUGAAAGUGAACUGGGACUUGGAGAAUUAGCAGGCCUUACAGUGGCCAAUGAAGCAGAUUCACUAACUUAUGAUAUAGCAAACAAUAAAGAUGCAUUGAGGAAGACAUGGAACCCUAAGUUUACAUUAAGAAGUCACUUUGAUGGCAUCCGAGCCCUUGCUUUCCACCCUGUCGAGCCUAUUUUGAUAACAGCAUCAGAGGAUCAUACUUUAAAAAUGUGGAAUUUGCAGAAAACAGCUCCAGCCAAAAAGAGUACUUCUCUGGAUGUAGAGCCUAUCUAUACAUUUAGGGCUCAUAAAGGUCCAGUUCUUUGUGUGGUAAUGAGCAGCAAUGGUGAGCAGUGUUACAGUGGUGGUUCUGAUGGACUAAUACAAGGCUGGAAUACCACUAAUCCCAACAUUGACCCCUAUGACUCUUACGAUCCUUCUGUUUUAAGAGGACCUCUGCUCGGCCACACGGAUGCAGUCUGGGGUUUGGCUUACAGUGCAGCACACCAGCGUUUGUUGUCCUGCUCAGCAGAUGGCACUCUGCGUUUAUGGAAUACAGCUGAGGCUGCUCCAGCACUGAGUGUAUUUAAUGAUAACAAAGAAUUGGGAAUCCCUGCUUCUGUGGAUCUAGUAAGCAGUGACCCAAGCCUUAUGGUAGCAUCAUUCAGCAAAGGAUAUACCAGCAUAUUUAACAUGGAAACACAACAACGCAUUCUUACUUUAGAAUCCAAUCCAGAUACAACAAUCAACUCUUCCUGCCAAAUAAAUAGAGUCAUCAGUCAUCCCACUCUGCCAAUCAGCAUCACUGCUCAUGAAGAUAGGCACAUCAAAUUCUAUGAUAACAAUACAGGUAAACUGAUUCACUCGAUGGUAGCACACCUAGAAGCUGUUACAAGUUUAGCAGUUGAUCCUAAUGGCCUGUACUUGAUGUCUGGCAGUCAUGACUGUUCAAUACGUUUAUGGAAUCUAGAAAGUAAGACGUGUAUUCAAGAGUUCACAGCUCAUCGGAAAAAAUUUGAAGAAUCGAUUCAUGAUGUAGCUUUCCACCCAUCCAAAUGCUAUAUAGCCAGUGCUGGAGCUGAUGCGCUGGCUAAAGUCUUUGUAUGACACAAAGCAUCGUUUUCAUCAUCUAGUUCUUUAUAAAUAAUCAACUGCACAAAAGAGAUACAGAAGACCAGGGCAAGAAUCAACUCGUCCUGCCCUUUUGUUCUGCUGAAGGAGCACAGAGAACAUUUGUUAAAGUAUAGUUUUGCAAUUCGUAUACAGUUUUCUAAAACUAAAGUUUGUUCAGGUUGCUGCAAGCUCAGCUGAAUCUGUGAACCUGAAAACUGUUUCAAAUUGUCCCCUAAAUAGACCCUUUUAAUUCUGAGGUGGUUCUAAUUCGCUAGGUAGGUCCUUAGCGUACACAGGUUUAGCUUGUCCCUAUUGAUACAGCGUGCUGUAAUGGAUAAUUAAAAAGCUUGAUGGCUGGGAAUGAGUAGAGAAAGAGCAGAAACUUAGACCUAGUUCUCCUCUGACAACUCUUAUUAAACAUGUUAGGUAGUCAAAACAGUAAUCUUUAUCUGCUGUACUAACUAGCCCCUUUGUGUAUGAUGACCAGGCAGUGUUAAAAUUAGUUUAAUUUAGCUCUUUCAGCUAUUUACAUAAAGCACCUGGCAAAGCAUUUUAUCUAUUAGAGAAAAAAAAAUGCAAUAAUAUGUUACAUAUACUCAGAAAUGCUAAACAACUAUUUAGUUUGCAAGCAGAUUUCUUUAUUAUAUUACAGUUUGAAAAUAGAUUUGGCAUCAUUCUAAAGUUUAGCUGUCAGGCACACUCACCAUUAUAAAGAAUAGUCAAUAGAAUCUGCUUUUACUAACGGACUUAACUUAUUCAGGUUUGAGAUCUGUUUAUUUUUAAGGGCAAACAGGGCAUAUCUCUAUAAUAAUUUCUAUUUUAAAAUUUGUUUUAUUCAUAUAAAAUAUUCAUAUUUAUAGUACAGAGUGAUUAUUUCUUAUCAGUAAAAUCUUACUUUCAAUGACUGAAAGGUGUUAUUUACUAGCACCCAUUUAUCAGCACCCACAUAACCAUGGUUCGUUCUUUAUCUCUCAUAUUCAUGUUAUCCGACAUCUACCAAAAGUAAUUCAUCAUUAUUAAGUUCUAAUAGUCCAAAGAAAAUGGUUAACCUCAGGCAGCUGCUGUUGCAGAAGUACUAAACAAAGCAAAUGUUUUGUAUCCAAGAAGCCCUCUAUUAACAUAUCCAAGAAGAAUCUCCUGAGAAUUUAGACGGAAGCAUUCCAUGCCUAAUAUUGGCUAAUAUAUUCUGCCUUUCCCUCUCCCUAUCUUUCCAUUGUUUAAUUAGAAUAUGUGUUUUAAUAGGCAGUGAUCAGGUUUCUUUGAUCAUACCUUACCUGUGACUACGUGUGGUUAGCUUUUGGGAUUCCCAUGACCCCACUACCUGGAACGAGUCCCUAAUCAUAUAGACCUUUUCUUAACAGCUGUCAUGCCUCUCUUCAUACACUUUCUCUUGGUUGUCCCAAAUGACAGCAAUGAAUCUGGAAAUUAGAAAUAAAUUAUUAAUGUCCAACUUUUCACUAAAAUUUAUAAUAGGUUCUCAGACUUUAAAAAAUGUAUACCCUUAAGUAUUUAAAUCUGUUGAAAUAGUUCCCAUAUUCCUGUCCUCAUGUAGUCCAUUGUCAUGGCAAUGACACUUAUGUACAUUUCCUCCUUGAAGAAAUAUUCUGGUGGUAAUGUGGAUAAUAAUUGACAAUAUUUCUUUAAUAUUUCUGCUUGUCUGCCUCUAGAAUUCUGCAGUAUAAGGGCAAAUUUCCUUUAAAAACCUGUACUCUAUUUGUCUGAUUAUUGUACAGAUAUGCUGUAGUAUUUUAACAGCUGCUUUUUAAUUUAAUCUUUGUGCUUUGGUUAACAAGUGGGCUUAAGAAACUCCUUUGUGUAAUCAGAUGAAUUGACCUAGACAUGAGCUAAGAGGUGAAUGUAUAUAUUUCCAUGCAGGUAGAAUAUUCCACAUUGUGUUUAGUAAAUUGUUUUUGGUUCUUCACAGAGAGAACAGGUUGUUGCUAACCAGCAUUGUAGAAGAAUACUGGAAAUUUCUAGUCAGGUACCCCUACUUGGUAUAUUUAUAAUGGACCACCCACAAAGCUAUUAUUCUCCCAGUUACUGCUUUAAUUACCUUCCAAGGUCUUUAGUGCCUACUUUACUUAUGUCACUGAAAUUCUGAAAACCCAAUAUACUCUUCCACUGUUCAUCUUAUGCCUCAUGGUUGAAAAUUUUCUGUUAGUGAGUAGAAAAUAACCAUGAAUACAUAAACUGUGCAGAUGAUGGAACUGUUGAAAGUUCCUUAGAAAGCCAGUGGUAUCCCAUUGGAGACUGUACACAGAAAGACUCUUUUCCACUAGCACUGUAUGAUCUCAGCCUAGAAAUGAGCCAAAGCAGUCUUCCAACCAUAUGGUUGCAUUUACAAAUAUCUGACUUCUCCCCAGCCUAUUAGAAGUUCACAAAAUGAACAAAUUCAAGAUUUAAACAGUCAUUGAAAUACUUUCAUAAUACUUGAUUUGUAAAUAUUUUGGAUAAAGUGUUUUGAAAUAGUAUGAAAAUCAGCAGGAGGUGUGGGUCCCUGCCUUAUUUUCAUAUGCUGUGGAUAUGUCUCUGGGAGCUUGCAGCACCCUUCUCAACUGUCAUAAGGAACUCAUUUGCUACUCAAACCAUAGACAGAUAUUUAACAUAUGUGAUGUAAUGACCUUCAGUAUUUUUCUAUUGAACAAAUUUAGCAAUUUUUUGCCAUUAAACAGAUAAUUAGUUAUGCAAAGUUAUUAGCUUUUAUAAUCAUUUUAGUUAUGACUAAAAGGGGGAAUUGAGCUGCAUCACUGAUAAUGAACUUUGUGAGAAAUUUUUUGUUUAUCUGACUUUCAUUCCUUCAGUAUUCUUGCUAUAAAUUUCUUUUGGAGAUAAUGAUGGAGAUUUAUUUGAAAAUGUCUAAAAUGUAUGUAUAUUUUAUAAAUAUAUAUUAUAUAUAUUAUAGGAAUAUAUAUAAUAUAUAUAGACUAUAUAUAUAUAUAUAUAUAAAAAACCAUAGGUGCAUUUUACUGUUUUGUAUUUUCAUUUUUGGAGGUAGUAUACGCAGUGGAUAAUGAUGAGUAUGAUGAGUGUUGUGCUGUUUGCUUUUACAGUAUAAUAUAUAGUUCUCAAUGUUUAAAUUACUGUAUAUACUAUAUCCAUUAUAGGCUAGCAUGCUUGUUUUAAGGACUGUCAUUCUAGUUUAUUAAAAUCUGAAUGUAAGAAAACCUGGCUAUUCAAAUGUGAAUUGAAAAAUAUUCCAUUCUCAGUACUGAACUAUUUCCAUUGAACAUUCAGGCUUUUUAACAAAAUAGAUAUCAUCAAGAAGGCAAUAGCUAGAAAAUGAGAGGUGCCUUUAUUUAAAAAAAAAAAAAAAAAGCAAA